UUUGACUUGCCAUCUUAUCCCAUCUCUCACACACAUUCGUAUAUGUUAAAAGAAAAAGUCUUUAUUAUUUGGUCAAAAGUAUUGUAUGUAUAACUACUAUUAACUAGAGGGAGAUUGCUUUGUUUAACCGAAUCGAACCAGAAAUAAAAAUCGAGUAAAAUAAUUUCCUUAAAAAUUAACUGUUAAGAGGUUUAAACGGUUCAAUUUGAUUUCAAGAAAAUGAAACCCGAGGCUUAAUUGAAUAUUGAGUGUUUGUUUAUUGGCUGGAUUUUAUUUUAAUUUUAAUUAGUUUUUCAAUUUUGACCAAACAAAAAACGAUAAGCACAAAGAGUUUGGGACCGAAACCAAAAAACGAUAAGAGUACCUUAUCUGGUCAUUUAGUUGAAAUAAAAAAAAUUGAAUCCAAACUGAUAGUCCUAUGUAUGGCACACUUUGCCAUCUUUCCUUUUGAUCUUCAGAUUAUCCAAAAUCUCAAUUAAUUGAUUUUUUUCAUUGUUGCUAUGAGGGAAGUAGACAUUGAUGAUGAAUUUAUUUUCUUUUUACUACACAUUAGGUCAGGUGUCACCUACUUUCAGGAAAACCCUUUGUGUGGUUGGGUUUAGCCAUUGAAAAUCACUAAUAGGAUACCACAGAUAGAGGAGAGAUUCAAGUUCCUUAGAUUUGAUGAAAAUGUAGUAAAGAAUUAAUUGAAAUUUAGUAAGGAUGAAAAGGUUUGUCAUCUUACCACAUCCCUCACAUACACUCAAACAUAUUAAAAGAAUUUUUUUAUUUGAUCAAAGCUAUUAUAUGUAAUGUAUGACUAGGAUGGGAGAUUGCUUUGUAUAACCAAAUCGAACUGAAAAUAAUAUAAAAAACAAAUAUUUUGAACAAAUAUUUUCCUUAAAAUGAACUAUUAAGAGGCUUAAACGGUUCAAUUUGAUUUCAAGAAAAUGAAACCCGAAUAAAUUUAAUAAUGAGAAAAAUUCAUAUGCUAAUAUACGUUGCUCAGUGUACACAUCUUACUUUCUUUUUCUCAUUUACAAUGUGGUCUUAUUGGGGGUUGUUGGUUAUGAAACUUAGUGCUUUAUAUUGCUAUGGAUUUGGUCAACUUGUUCCAAUGUUGAAUUGUUAAGUUUUACUACAUAUAUAGGUGACUGCUACAAUUCUAUCAUUUUGCUUCCAUCUUUACUUGAUCGGAUUUGUGUAUCCAACGAGUUAACUGGUUGAUAGAACUUGGAUCCAACAAAUUAUAUUAUGAAUGUUCUUUAUUUUUUGCUUAAUAAAUUGGACUUGCAAGAGACAACGAUUAGUGGUGUUUUAGGUUGUAUGGACAAUGAGGAAUUUUUUUUUGUUAGUGAAUUAGAGGCGAGGUGUUGUAAAUGUUAGGCUUAUGAAUAAUAGUCAUAUGUAUGCUCACUCUUAGUGUUGAAUUCGCUUACCAUAUGGAUAUGAAAUCGCUCCAUGUAGUGAUUAAUUUAUUGUAUGUUUCAUGAUCCAAGUCAAGGUUGUGCUCGAUCGAUAACCUUCUAACUCUCUUCCUCACUCACAACAAGUUGAAUGUUAUUAUUCAAGGAUUUUUUUUAAUUUUACCCAUUUUCUCCAAUAGUUUUUAUGAUAUGAGUUCUGAUGGUAACCUCCAUCCAUGAUGUCUCAGCUAAUUACGAUCGACUGGCGGAAUUGAAAGCUUUCGACGAAACUAAAGCCCGGGUGAAAGGUCUAGUCGACUCCAGGAUCACUGAGACUGAGGUGUCUCGCAUCUUCCACAUCCCACCUGAUCACCUCAUGGACCACCGACCACCGCCGUCGGCCGCCGCCGAUCCAGACUUCACCUUCCCAACCGCAUAGACCUGAGAGGCGGAAGAAGAUCGUGGAGGAGAUUAAAGAUGCAUCGUCGGAGUGGGGAUUCUUCCAAGUGAUCAACCACGGGAUCCCCAAGAACUUGCUGGAAGAGAUGGAUGUUGGAUGCUUCGAGUGUGACGACGAGACCAAGAAGGUUCUUUAUAGCAGCAAAUAAAUAUAAUCACUAAGAAUCAAACUUUUUUAUUAUGGGCAUAAUUGAUUGCGAUAGCUUUCCUUUUCGUUACCAGCCCCCAUUUUAGUUGUGAUAGCAAUUCGUAACGCAGCUAUAGUGAUCAAUUAUGCUGCCAAAAUUGUUUUGGUCACGAUUGGUAUUAGUAACCAAAAUAUGUUUAAUUAGGACUAAAGUUUAUUAUUGAGAAAUCUUGCUUGUAGUGAUGCUUCCCACUUCUUCUUCUUUUCAAUCCCUCUAUAUAUUUCUUCUGGUCUCCUGGAGAGUGCCGGAUAGUAGAGGAUUGGCGGAUCCGGUGGAGAAUGAAGGAGUUGUGCAGAGGCGACAUUCUGAGACCAGGUACUAUCUAUCUUUGUAUGUAUUUUUUGUGACCAUUCUUUCAUUCUUGUUUCUUAAAUUUAAAUUCAUGAAUAGUGAUGGUAUUCCAUAAAUUGUUAACGUGUCUCUAGAGUGUAAGCAGGGAGUUGGUGCUUUCCCUUUCUGUAUGAGAUAUAUUCCAAGGAAAGCCAGAAUUGGUGGAGGUGGAAUCUCAUACUCUGCUCUUUGCCUCUUUCGAGUGGCCAGUCGGCGCACAUUUAAAUAUAUAGAACCCGCCGUGUUUCCUUUCCGGUUUUCACAUCGAGUGUCCUCUCUAGAGCCUAUUUUUAUCGGCAUUCAACGUUCCAAUAAUUUUUGUCUCCCCUUGAAUUGUUGUCAGGACAGCAUGAUGGCGAUUGUCGAAAGUUACUUUAAAUGAAAUUUGCAAUGUAUAUAAUUGGACACUCAGCUAUCUAUUAUAUUAAUUUUGUCCCUAUAAGGUGGUUUCUAAGUUUCAGUGUUAUUUAUUGAAAUAAUAUUAUUUCCGGUGCAAUUUUUGUCAGAUUCAAAAAGGGUACCAUCACCGAUUUCGGGCGAUUUUUUGGAAAGUCAAUUUUCCUUGGAUUUUGAAGGCGAUGGAUCACAGAUUCGGCCUCAGGGUACUCUCCACCAACGAUCAAGUCUAGUAAUGGCCGAUUUGGGCGGAAAUUUGGUAGAAUUAUUCCGGAGGGCAUUUUCGUAAUUUUUAGGCAAUUUUUCGAAAGGCCGUUUUCCUUAGAUUUUGAAGGCUGCAGAACACGGAUUCAGCCUGAGGCUAUUCUUUAGGAAUGGAUAAGUCUAUUAAACAUCGAUUCGUUGGGAAAAUUUCCGGGGCAAUUUUUGCCAGAUUCCAAAGGGGUACCAUCACCGAUUUCGGGCGAUUUUUUGGAAAGUCAAUUUUCCUUGGAUUUUGCAGGCGAUGUAUCACAGAUUCGGCCUUACGGUACUCUCCACCAACGAUGAAGUCUAGUAAUGGCCGAUUUGGGCGGAAAUUUGGUCGAAUUAUUCCGGAGGGCAUUUUCGUAAUUUUUAGGCGAUUUUUUCGAAAGGCCGUUUUCCGUAGAUUUUGAAGGCUGCAGAACAAGGAUUCAGCCUGAGGCUAUUCUUUAGGGAUGGAUAAGUCUAUUAAACAUCGAUUCGUUGGGAAAAUUUCCGGGGCAAUUUUUGCCAGAUUCCAAAGGGGUACCAUCACCGAUUUCGGGCGAUUUUUUGGAAAGUCAAUUUUCCUUGGAUUUUGCAGGCGAUGUAUCACAGAUUCGGCCUUACGGUACUCUCCACCAACGAUGAAGUCUAGUAAUGGCCAAUUUGGGCGGAAAUUUGGUCGAAUUAUUCCGGAGGGCAUUUUCGUAAUUUUUAGGCGAUUUUUUCGAAAGCCCGUUUUCCGUAGAUUUUGAAGGCUGCAGAACAAGGAUUCAGCCUGAGGCUAUUCUUUAGGGAUGGAUAAGUCUAUUAAACAUCGAUUCGUUGGGAAAAUUUCCGGGGCAAUUUUUUCCAGAUUCCAAAGGGGUACCAUCACCGAUUUCGGGCGAUUUUUUGGAAAGUCAAUUUUCCUUGGAUUUUGCAGGCGAUGGAUCACAUAUUCGGCCUGGGGCUAUUCUUUAGGGAUGGAUAAGUCUAUUAAACAUCGAUUCGUUGGGAAAAUCUCCGGGGCAAUUUUUGCCAGAUUCCAAAGGGGUACCAUCACCGAUUUCGGGCGAUUUUUUGGAAAGUCAAUUUUCCUUGGAUUUUGCAGGCGAUGGAUCACAGAAUCGGCCUUACGGUACUCUCCACCAACGAUGAAGUCUAGUAAUGGCCGAUUUGGGCGGAAAUUUAGUCGAAUUAUUCCGGAGGGCAUUUUCGUAAUUUUUAGGCGAUUUUUUCGAAAGGCCGUUUUCCUUAGAGUUUGAAGGCUGCAGAACACGGAUUCAGCCCGAGGCUAUUCUUUAGGGAUGGAUAAGUCUAUUAAACAUCGAUUCGUUGGGAAAAUUUCCGGGGCAAUUUUUGCCAGAUUCCAAAGGGGUACCAUCACCGAUUUCGGGCGAUUUUUGGGAAAGUCAAUUUUCCUUGGAUUUUGCAGGCGAUGGAUCACAGUUUCGGCCUUAGGGUACUCUCCACCAACGAUGAAGUCUAGUAAUGGCCGAUUUGGGCGGAAAUUUGGUCGAAUUAUUCCGGAGGGCAUUUUCGUAAUUUUUAGGCGAUUUUUUCGGAAGGCCGUUUUCCUUAGAGUUUGAAGGCUGAAGAACACGGAUUCAGCCCGAGGCUAUUCUUUAGGGAUGGAUAAGUCUAUUAAACAUCGAUUCGUUGGGAAAAUUUCCGGGGCAAUUUUUGCCAGAUUCCAAAGGGGUACCAUCACCGAUUUCGGGCGAUUUUUGGGAAAGUCAAUUUUCCUUGGAUUUUGCAGGCGAUGGAUCACAGUUUCGGCCUUAGGGUACUCUCCACCAACGAUGAAGUCUAGUAAUGGCCGAUUUGGGCGGAAAUUUGGUCGAAUUAUUCCGGAGGGCAUUUUCGUAAUUUUUAGGCGAUUUUUUCGGAAGGCCGUUUUCCUUAGAUUUUGAAGGCUGCAGAACACGGAUUCCGCCUGAGGCUAUUCUUUAGGGAUGGAUAAGUCUAUUAAACAUCGAUUCGUUGGGAAAAUUUCCGGGGCAAUUUUUGCCAGAUUCCAAAGGGGUACCAUCACCGAUUUCGGGCGAUUUUUUGGAAAGUCAAUUUUCCUUGGAUUUUGCAGGCGAUGGAUCACAGAUUCGGCCUUAGGGUACUCUCCACCAACGAUGAAGUCUAGUAAUGGCCGAUUUGGGCGGAAAUUUGGUCGAAUUAUUCCGGAGGGCAUUUUCGUAAUUUUUAGGCGAUUUUUUCGAAAGGCCGUUUUCCUUAGAUUUUGAAGGCUGAAGAACACGGAUUCAGCCUGAGGCUAUUCUUUAGGGAUGGAUAAGUCUAUUAAACAUCGAUUCGUUGGGAAAAUUUCCGGGGCAAUUUUUGCCAGAUUCCAAAGGGGUACCAUCACCGAUUUCGGGCGAUUUUUUGGAAAGUCAAUUUUCCUUGGAUUUUGCAGGCGAUGGAUCACAGAUUCGGCCUUAGGGUACUCUCCACCAACGAUGAAGUCUAGUAAUGGCCGAUUUGGGCGGAAAUUUGGUCGAAUUAUUCCGGAGGGCAUUUUCGUAAUUUUUAGUCGAUUUUUUCGAAAGGCCGUUUUCCUUAGAUUUUGAAGACUGCAGAACACGGAUUCAGCUUGAGGCUAUUCUUUAGGGAUGGAUAAGUCUAUUAAACAUCGAUUCGUUGGGAAAAUUUCCGGGGCAAUUUUUGCCAGAUUCCAAAGGGGUACCAUCACCGAUUUCGGGAGAUUUUUUGGAAAGUCAAUUUUCCUUGGAUUUUGCAGGCGAUGGAUCACAGUUUCGGCCUUAGGGUACUCUCCACCAACGAUGAAGUCUAGUAAUGGCUGAUUUGGGCGGAAAUUUGGUCGAAGUAUUCCGGAGGGCAUUUUCGUAAUUUUAAGGUGAUUUUUUCCAAAGGCCGUUUUCCUUAUAUUUUGAAGGCUGCAGAACAUGGAUUCAGCGUGAGGCUAUUCUUUAGGGAUGGAUAAGUCUAUUAAACAUCGAUUCGUUGGGAAAAUUUCCGGGGCAAUUUUUGCCAGAUUCCAAAGGGGUACCAUCACCGAUUUCGGGCGAUUUUUUGGAAAGUCAAUUUUCCUUGGAUUUUGCAGGCGAUGGAUCACAGAUUCGGCCUUACGGUACUCUCCACCAACGAUGAAGUCUAGUAAUGGCCUAUUUGGGCGGAAAUUUUGUCGAAUUAUUCCGGAGGGCAGUUUCGUAGUUUUAGGCGCUUUUUUCGAAAGGCCGUUUUCCUUAGAUUUUGAAGGCUGCAGAACACGGAUUCAGCCUGAUGCUAUUCUUUAGGGAUGGAUAAGUCUAUUAAACAUCGAUUCGUUGGGAAAAUUUUCGGCAAUUUUUGCCAGAUUCCAAAACGGGUACCUUCACCGAUUUCGGUCGAUUUUUUGGAAAGUCAAUUAUCCUUGGAUUUUGCAUGCGAUGAAUCACAGAUUCGGCCUUAGGGUACUCUCCACCAACGAUGAAGUCUAGUAAUGGCCGAUUUGGGCGGAAAUUUGGUCGAAUUAUUCCGGAGGGCAUUUUCGUAAUUUUUAGUCGAUUUUUUCGAAAGGCCGUUUUUCUUAGAUUUUGAAGACUGCAGAACACGGAUUCAGCUUGAGGCUAUUCUUUAGGGAUGGAUAAGUCUAUUAAACAUCGAUUCGUUGGGAAAAUUUCCGGGGCAAUUUUUGCCAGAUUCCAAAGGGGUACCAUCACCGAUUUCGGGCGAUUUUUUGGAAAGUCAAUUUUCCUUGGAUUUUGCAGGCGAUGGAUCACAGAUUCGGCCUUAGGGUACUCUCCACCAACGAUGAAGUCUAGUAAUGGCCGAUUUGGGCGGAAAUUUGGUCGAAUUAUUCCGGAGGGCAUUUUCGUAAUUUUAAGGUGAUUUUUUCGAAAGGCCGUUUUCCUUAUAUUUUGAAGGCUGCAGAACAUUGAUUCAGCGUGAGGCUAUUCUUUAGGGAUGGAUAAGUCUAUUAAACAUCGAUUCGUUGGGAAAAUUUCCGGGGCAAUUUUUGCCAGAUUCCAAAGGGGUACCAUCACCGAUUUCGGGCGAUUUUUUGGAAAGUCAAUUUUCCUUGGAUUUUGCAGGCGAUGGAUCACAGAUUCGGCCUUACGGUACUCUCCACCAACGAUGAAGUCUAGUAAUGGCCUAUUUUGGCGGAAAUUUGGUCGAAUUAUUCCGGAGGGCAGUUUCGUAAUUUUUAGGCGCUUUUUUCGAAAGGCCGUUUUCCUUAGAUUUUGAAGGCUGCAGAACACGGAUUCAGCCUGAUGCUAUUCUUUGGGGAUGGAUAAGUCUAUUAAACAUCGAUUCGUUUGGAAAAUUUUCGGCGCAAUUUUUGCCAGAUUUUAAAGGGGUACCUUCACCGAUUUCGGGCGAUUUUUUGGAAAGUCAAUUAUCCUUGGAUUUUGCAGGCGAUGAAUCACAGAUUCGGCCUUAGGGUACUCUCCACCAACGAUGAAGUCUAGUAAUGGCCGAUUUGGGCGGAAAUUUGGUCGAAUUAAUCCGGAGGGCAUUUUCGUAAUUUUUAGGCGAUUUUUUCGAAAGGCCGUUUUCCUUAGAUUUUGAAGGCUGCAGAACACGGAUUCAGCCUGAGGCUAUUCUUUAGGGAUGGAUAAGUCUAUUAAACAUCGAUUUGUUGGGAAAAUUUCCGGGGCAAUUUUUUGCCAAAUUCCAAAGGGGUACCAUCACCGAAUUCGGGCGAUUUUUUGGAAAGUCAAUUUUCCUUGGAUUUUGCAGGCGAUGGAUCACAGAUUCGGCCUUAGGGUACUCUCCACCAACGAUGAAGUCUAGUAAUGGACGAUUUGCGCGGAAAUUUGGUCGAAUUAUUCCGGAGGGCAUUUUCGUAAAUUUUAGGCGAUUUUUUCGAAAGGCCGUUUUCCUUAGAUUUUGAAGGCUGCAGAAAACGGAUUCAGCCUGAGGCUAUUCUUUAGGGAUGGAUAAGUCUAUUAAACAUCGAUUCGUUGGGAAAAUUUCCGGGACAAUUUUUGCCAGAUUCCAAAGGGGUACCAUCACCGAUUUCGGGCGAUUUUUUGGAAAGUCAAUUUUCCUUGGAUUUUGCAGGCGAUGGAUCACAGAUUCGGCCUUAGGGUACUCUCCACCAACGAUGAAGUCUAGUAAUGGCCGAUUUGGGCGGAAAUUUGGUCGAAUUAUUCCGGAGGGCAUUUUCGUAAUUUUUAGGCGAUUUUUUCGAAAGGCCGUUUUCCUUAGAUUUUGAAGGCUGCAGAACACGGAUUCAGGCUGAGGCUAUUCUCUAGGGAUGGAUAAGUCUAUUAAACAUCGAUUCGUUGGGAAAAUUUCCGGGGCAAUUUUUGCCAGAUUCCAAAGGGGUACCAUCACCGAUUUCGGGCGAUUAUUUGGAAAGUCAAUUUUCCUUGGAUUUUUGUAGGCGAUGGAUCACAGAUUCGGCCUUAGGGUACUCUCCACCAACGAUGAAGUCUAGUAAUGGCCGAUUACGCGUUGGGUGUUUACUACUUAUUUGCGCAGUUAUAUUUUUGCUGUUUAAACUUUGCAUUCAUGCACAAAAGCUCUAUGAUCGAGCUAUCCCUUUAGAAAAUUGAAAGGAGUACCGUGACAACCACAGUAGUGGUAGUCACGCAAAAAUUUCUAGCCAAGUUGAACUCGUAUCCGAGGAUGAUCUCGAGGUAUCCAGACAGUUCGAAAGGGCUACCACAGGAUACAACUUGGGAGCCGAAUCCCUAGGAAUUCCUCUGCUAGCAUAUAGUAAGCUUAGAAGCCACCCUUAACCGUCCAAAACAAAUCCAAAGCCACCCUUAACCAUGUCGUUACGUCGCCCGUAUGCACCUAGGUAAUACCUAAAAUAGGCCGUCAUUUUCUUAUAUAUAUAUAUGUAAAUAUUGCGUAUGUAUUUCCUGCUGCAAUGAUAAAUGUUUCGAGUGUUUUUUAUUUUAAAUGUGUAUAGCUAUACUAUAUUUUGUGUAUAAUGUGUUGCGAUAAAUGAAUAUUUUUAUU